AACCCACAGAAGGUAUUUAAUAAUGUUUCAAUCUGGUCUGAGGGAUAAUUAAAUGUCUGACGCAGACGGAGGAAGAUGGGAUUGCUCUUGCUCUUGUUUGAAUGGUUAUUUCUAAUACAUCCACUCUUUGGUGCCAAAAAGCCAUCCCCGCCAUCAUACUCCCCGGAACUGGAGAGUGGGCUGAGAUCGGAGUUGUUUACCGGAUAUUCCGUCUUACAGAGGCCUACCAAAAGGGUGGAAGUCUACGUGGAGCUCACCCUACUCACCGUUAACGAUCUGAACAUAAAGGACCAGACCUUAUCAAUAUCCGGACAACUCUCUCUGUCAUGGUAUGAUCCGCGCCUCUCGUGGCAUUCCUCACAGAAUCGCUCACAGGACUACUCAAACAUCAUGUUCUUAUUCAGCAACGAAAUCUACGUGUGGAAACCGUGUGUCUUCAUUGAAAAUUCAGUAGAUGAUUUGUCGGUGAUAAGCGAUCCCAACACCCCCAUGCGUCUAAACAUUUUGGGAUUCGUUAAAUGGAGUCCUGCUGGUAUCUACAAGGUUAACUGUGAGUCGGAUAUAACCUACUAUCCACUAGAUUACCAAACCUGUUACGUAAAAUUCACGACAUCCAGCUAUACGUUAUGGGAAAUUAAACUGAAGAUGUCUCAGAACUCCGUUAAUCUUGAUUUUUACGCCGAAAACGGCGAAUGGGAGCUUUUGUCUGCAACGGGGGAGGUAUCCAAUGACAAGUCACGAGGUGGCCAGUCCUUCUCCAGUCUGACUUAUAGAAUAACCAUGCGCAGACGACCGCUGUUCCAUGUGCUGAAUACGAUGUUUCCCGUGGCUCUGAUGGCGAUCCUUAUUCCGCUAACUUUCAAACUCCACGUGGAUUCUGGAGAAAAAAUCGGAUACUCUUUAACAGUACUCCUGGCAUACGCCGUGUACUUGUCGGUUAUAUCGGAAAAUAUCCCAAGUACAUCCGUCUCUGUAUGUUAUAUGUCAAUUUACUUGGCGACAGUAUUGGGAGCUGGGACAAUAGCAGUUUUGUUUGUCAUAAUUGUUAUCAACGUUUACCACACACCACAAGAGAAACCAAUUCCUCUUUGGACAAGGCGAUUUAUCUCCCUUCUCAUGAUACUGUUCUGCUGGAAAUCUUCCACCUCUUGUUGUAGCAGUCGUUGUUGUAGAUCAAGUAAGACAACUGUUGAAAACACUCCGGUGACGGAGAUCGUGAAGAAGUCUGUCGUUUCAAAUGAUGAUGUCGUGGAAGAUGACGAAGAAGAAGACUCAGAGAUAACAUGGAGAACGAUUGCCGCAGUCCUGGAUCAUUUCUUCUUCAUCAUCUUUAUGCUUAUCAUUCUUUUGGCAACAGUAACAUUCAUAUCCAUCAUCGUCAUGAAGUACUUUACGUACUGAGCCACAUACUUUUGUAUCUGUACUCCUUGUUUGGUGAGAGAUUACUCUACAUUUAUUACUUUGAUUUUUGUAUAUAGAGAAUAUUUUAAUAUAACAAAGUACCAAGCUCUCUUUCGUGAAGUUUCAUUUUUUGUCAGAACAGACGGAACUCUACACGGUGAUUAUUGUGACUGACACACCUGUUUGAUAACUCUUUCAUACUAUGAGUAAAAGUAUUUCACGAAAUGAA